AUGGGUACUAAAAGAGGUAACGAUGGUUCAAGUCAAAACAGGAAGAUCAAGAAAUUUAAGAUAGCAACAGGGUUUCUCGAUCCUGGUACAUCCGGUAUAUAUGCUACUUGUACCAGGAGAAAAGAAAAGGCUGCGAUUUCAGAAAUGGGAAUAUUACUUGAGGAGAAGAUAGAAGAACUAUAUGGUGAAUCAGAAGUAGCCGAUUCAGAUGUUGAUGAGGCAGGCUCGAUAGAAGAUGAAGUUGCUAAAGAACUUGCACAGUUGAAGAAGAACAAAGAUGACCAAGACAAGAAACAAUUAUUGAAGGCGAUCGAUUUGCAAUGUGAGUGUGUUGUAUUCUUUAAGACUAGAAAACCUGUUAAUCCCACAACGCUAGUUAAAGCAAUUAUUGAUGACUUCAGUAACCCCGAGAGUAAAGUGAAAAGGACAAGGUAUAUUCAAAAACUAACACCAAUUACGUAUUCUUGUAAUGCCACCAAGGAACAAUUUCAAAAACUUAUUGAUCAAGUAGUUGAGCCCGCGUUUAAAUCCGAUCAGUCUUACAAAUUUGCUGUUGAAGUUACGAGGAGGAACUUUAAUACGAUGGAGCGAAUGGAUAUUAUUAACACAGUAGUAAGUACUGUUAUGAAACACGGACAUCAUAAAGUAGACCUUAAAAACUAUGACAAGGUUAUAAUGGUUGAAUGCUUUAAGAAUAAUAUUGGGAUGUCUGUUCUUGACAAUGACUACUCCAAGAAGCACAAGAAAUACAACCUACAACAAAUAUACGAAGCUAAAUUCAAGGAUGAGGAAAAAUAA